AGCUACGAUCUCUCUAUGAACCCAAUCCAAAGCAGCAGUGAUGAGAUCACACUGUCAUUCAAAACGCUACAGAGGAAUGGACUGAUGCUGCACACAGGCAAAUCUGCAGACUUCGUCAACCUGGCGCUGAAUAACGGGGUGGUGUCUCUUGUCAUAAAUUUGGGUUCCGGGGCAUUUGAAGCUCUGGUGGAGCCGGUCAAUGGGAAAUUUAAUGACAAUGAGUGGCAUGAUGUGAAAGUAACACGGAAUCUGCGUCAGCACUCAGGCAUUGGACACGCUAUGGUAACAGUUUCCAUUGAUGGAAUCCUGACCACCACAGGAUAUACUCAAGAGGACUACACCAUGCUCGGCUCCGAUUACUUUUUCUAUGUUGGAGGCAGUCCUAGUACAGCUGACCUGCCUGGAUCACCCAUUAGCAACAACUUUAUGGGUUGUUUAAGAGAGGUUGUGUAUAAAAACAAUGAUGUGCGGAUGGAGUUGUCCAGUUUGGCCUUCAAGGGUGACCCCAAGAUGAAGAUUCAUGGAGUUGUUGCCUUUAAAUGUGAAAAUGUGGCAACAUUAGACCCCAUCACCUUUGAGACACCAGAAUCCUUCAUCACACUUCAGAAGUGGAACAGCAAGAAAACCGGCUCCAUUUCCUUUGACUUCCGCACCACUGAGCCCAAUGGACUUCUGCUAUUUAGCCAUGGAAAACCCAAACAACAGACUAAAGAAGCCAAGAGCCCUCUCACCCUGAAGGUGGACUUCUUUGCUAUUGAGAUGCUGGAUGGUCUUUUGUACCUGCUUCUGGAUAUGGGAUCUGGCACCACCAAGACCCUGGCUGUGAACAAGAAGGUCAAUGAUGGAGAGUGGUAUCAUGUGGACUUCCAAAGGGAUGGAAGAUCAGGUACCAUCUCUAUCAACACAAUACGAACGCCCUAUCAAGCCCCUGGCGUGAGCGAGAUUCUUGACCUUGAUGAUAAUUUGUACCUCGGAGGCCUGCCAGAAAAUAAAGCUGGUCUGGUGUUCCCUACAGAGGUGUGGACAGCUCUGCUCAACUAUGGUUACGUAGGCUGCAUACGUGACCUCUUCAUCGAUGGUCAGAGCAAAGAUAUCCGCCACAUAGUCGAGGUGCAAACAUCCGUAGGCGUGAAGCCCUCCUGCACCAAAGAGUCACCCAAGCAGUGCCUGAGUAACCCCUGCCAAAACAAUGGCAUCUGCAGGGAGGGGUGGAACCGUUAUGUGUGCGACUGCUCUGGGACGGGCUACCUUGGUCGAUCCUGUGAGAGAGAUGCCACCAUCCUCAGUUACGAUGGCAGUAAAUUCAUGAAGUUGCAGUUGUUGGUUGCGAUGCAUACAGAGGCUGAGGACGUGUCACUACGGUUCUGUUCCCAUCGGGCGUAUGGUGUUCUCAUGGCGACCACUUCACGAGACUCUGCAGACACCCUGCAUCUGGAGCUGGAGGCAGGCCGCGUCCGUCUCACGGUUAAUCUAGACUGUGACAGGAUAAACUGUACCACCAGCAAGGGCCCCGAGACCAUGUUUGCUGGUCAAAACUUAAAUGAUAAAGAAUGGCACACAGUGCGAGUAAUCAGGAGAGGAAAGAGUCUGAAGCUGUCUGUGGAUGAUUUGCCCACUGUGGAAGGAGAGAUUCCAGGUGACCACACUCAGCUGGAGUUUCAUAACAUUGAGACAGGCAUUAUCACAGAGAAACUUUACCUGCCCGUCGUGCCCUCUAACUUCAUAGGACAUUUGCAGAGCCUAAUGUUCAACGGCAUGCCAUACAUUGACCUCUGCAAGAAUGGAGACGUUGACUACUGUGAGCUCAAUGCCAUGAUCGGCUUCAAGAACAUCAUCGCUGACCCUGUGACCUUCAAGUCUCGCUCCAGUUAUGUGUCUCUGAGCACACUGCAGGCAUACUGUUCCAUGCACCUGUACUUCCAGUUCAAGACCACCUCCUUAGAUGGGCUCAUCCUGUUCAACAGUGGAGAUGGAAAUGACUUCAUAGCUGUAGAGCUGGUCAAGGGCUACCUUCAUUAUGUCUCAGAUAUGGGAAACGGCGCUUAUCUGAUCAAAGGAAACUCAAAUAAACCCCUCAGUGACAAUCGCUGGCACAAUAUCGUGAUCUCCAGAGACAUUAAUAACCUGCACACUGUCAAAAUAGACACAAAAAUCAUCACACAGACCACCGUGGGUGCCAAAAACCUUGACUUGAAAGGAGAUCUGUAUAUCGGUGGUGUGCCAAAGGAUAUGUAUAAAGACUUACACAAGUUAGUUCACGCUGGAGAGGGAUUUCAGGGAUGUUUGGCAUCUGUGGAUCUAAACGGUCGUCUGGCGGAUCUGAUGUCAGAUGCACUGGCCUGUGUCGGACAGAUCGAGAGAGGUUGUGAAGGUCCGAGCACCACGUGUGCUGAAGUGUCCGUGGCCACAAAAGGAGUGUGUGUAUGGUGGGGGGGGUAUGUGUGUGUGUGUUCUAUGUAUUCCAUUUCAGGAAAUCAGUGUAACCAACCGGGCACCACAUAUAUUUUUGGCAGAGAUGGUGGUCUGAUUACAUACACAUGGCCAGCAAAUGAUCGUCCUAGCACGCGAGCAGACCGGCUGGCGGUGGGAUUCAGCACGCAGCAGAAAGACGCUGUACUCAUGCGAGUGGACAGCUCAUCUGGGUUAGGAGACUAUCUCAAGCUACAUAUUGUAAAGGGCAAUAUUGCUGUUAUAUUUAAUGUGGGCACAGAUGACAUCAACAUCGAGGAGAAAGCAAAGUUUGUAAAUGAUGGAAAGUACCAUAUAGUGAAGUUCACAAGGAGUGGCGGCAAUGCCACACUGCAGGUGGACGAUUUGCCUGUUAUUGAGCGCUACCCUACAGGUCGCCAGCUCACCAUCUUCAACAGCCAGACAGUCAUCCAGAUUGGGGGCGGGGAACAAGACCAUAUCCGCUCUUUCCAGGGCCAGAUGUCUGGCCUUUAUUAUAAUGGUUUGAAGAUUUUCAACAUGGCUGUGGAAGGUGAUCCCAACAUCCGUAUCGAGGGGAGUGUGAGACUGGUUGGGGAGGUGCUGUCUUCCUCCAUAACACCACAGUCCAGCGCUACAGCAAAUCACUCUGAGACCUCCACCUCUAUAAUGGAGAUCACCACCACAACCACCUCCAACCACAGGGUGAAGCAGACCACGACAAUUCAACCUGCCACAGAUGACUUGUUGGUGGCGUCUGCCGAGUGCCCCAGUGACGAUGAGGACAUCGACCCCUGCGAGCCGAGCUCAGCUAACCCCACAGGCCCUGGGAUGAAAAGUUAUCCUGGUCCAGCAGAGGUGUUCCAUGAGUCCAGCAGUACCACAGGCAUGGUGGUGGGCAUCGUGGCCGCUGCUGCACUCUGCAUCCUCAUUCUUCUCUAUGCCAUGUACAAGUACCGCAACCGCGAUGAAGGAUCGUACCACGUGGAUGAGAGCCGGAAUUACAUCUGCAAUUCAGCCCAGUCAAAUGGUUCAAUCAUAAAAGAGAAACCCAUGAACAGUACCAAGAGUGUCAGUAAGAGCAAGAAAAACAAAAACAAGGAGUAUUACGUGUGAUUCUAAUAGUCCUGGUUCUUCCAGGGCCAACCUUCCAUCAGACUUCUGCCACAAAAGACAAACAAAAACAAACAAAAACUGAGAAACUGAGAAAGUGUACUCUAGUCAUUGUAUCUUAAACACAGUGGUGCACUGGGGAAAAAAGACAUGUUUUCUUCAAAAUUGAAGCACAUUUGAAUGGAUAGAAGAGCAGACGUACAAUCGCUUACAGAAGUUCAGGAAAUAUUCAGCAGGCUGCUUGAAGUGAGACAUGUUCAUAAAUUACCCAUAACUGAUGAAAAGAUUAUCAAAUCAGAAACAUCUGGCCCUCUGGCACUUGGCAGAUGAAGUCACAAUUUCACUUUUUUGUUUAGUAAAUGCAAGAAAAAGAAGAA